AUGGGGACAGUCUCUGAUGACAUUAGGAGGCUUUUGGAGGACUGUGAGCUCUUUGUAUCAGACAUCCUACAGGACGAGAACCUCAGUAAACAUGCCAGAGAAACACGGGACGUCCUACUUAAUAACUUCAGGGUGGUCCACUCCAGAAAUCCUCAGGAGUUUCCUUUCAGAUCUGAGUCCAGACAGGAGGACAGUUCAGAUGACAACCAGAGCUCAAGUCUGGGCCGCUCGGCCCCCUCAGACGACCUUUCUGUUGCCUCUGACUACCAGGACGAGGGCUCUCCUGAGUACUUUGAGGAGAUCCAAAUGGUGGCAGCCCAGGAUCUCAGUAACAUCUUGAAACAAGGCUACCUGGAGAAGAAACGACGGGAUCACAGCUUCUUCAGCUUAGAAUGGCAAAAGCGAUGGUGUGUCCUCAAUAACACAAUAUUCUACUACUUUGGGAGCGACAAGGACAAGCAGCAGAAGGGUUCCUUCUAUAUCAAUGGCUACAGUGCAGAGCUGGUGGCCAACCUACGUAAAGACUCCAAGAAGAAUGCCUGCUUUGAGCUGAGUGCCCCUGACCGACGCUCCUUCCAGUUCACUGCUAGCAGUCCGCGAGAGGCCAGGGAAUGGGUGGAUCAGAUCAACUUUGUCCUGAAAGAUUUGAGUUCCAGCUUCAUCCCCUUUGAUGACGAUGAGGAAGAGGAAGAGGAGGAGGAGACCUAUGAUGACAUUGAGGGGGUGACGGGGGCGGCCAGCCCUCCCCCUCGUCCCACCCCCGCCCCCGUCCUGCCCCAGCAGGCCAAAGCCUCUCUCAGUAGCCAGGAGGAAUGGAGGCCCAAGCAGGGGGGGCAAGAGGGGGAGGAGGAAGAAGAGGAGGAUGAUAUCUACGAGGUGCUCCCAGACGAUGACUUUCCAGAACCCAUUGAGGAGAUCAGUGAGAAGAUCUGGUCCAUGGACUAUGCCAACUACUACCAGGGCUUGUGGGACUGUGAGGCAGACGAACCUGAUGAGCUGGCCUUCCAGAGAGGUGACCUCAUCUAUAUCGUCAGUAAGGAGUAUAACAUCCAUGGCUGGUGGGUCGGAGAGCUAAAUGGUACCAUCGGUAUCGUCCCUAAAGACUUCCUCCACCCUGCCUACAUCCUCUGA